GAUGCCGGACCCGCUAAAUUUUUCUUCGGGCUUCCCCCAUCCAACCGAGACCGACCCUAGUCCCCGUCACCCAGUCCAAUUAACCAAGGUAAAGGCUAGGUACUUUUCGCUUUUGAGGCAUUUCAUCACUUUUUUUCUAAUCCUUUUUUCACGAAGUCCUGUUUACCAUUUCCCAACUUUCCUACCUAAUACCACUUUAAUUCAAUUCUUCGUGCUGCAUCAUCAGCCAUGGCGACCACCCUCCGUCUAAGCUCAUCCGUCUUUCGAACCACGCUUAGGGCCCCCAGUUUUGCGGCCCGUACCACGGCGUUCAACGCAGCACGAUGCUACUCUUCUUCUAAAAGCCAGACUCUAAAGGAGCGCUUUGCCGAGCUGCUUCCUGAGACGAUCGAGCAGAUCAAGGCUUUAAGAAAAGAGCAUGGCUCCAAGGUCGUCGACAAGGUCACCCUCGACCAGGUCUACGGUGGUGCCCGAGGAAUUAAGGCUCUAGUGUGGGAAGGUUCGGUCCUCGACCCCGAGGAAGGUAUCCGUUUCCGAGGCAAGACAAUUCCCGAGUGCCAGGAGGUCCUCCCCAAGGCUCCCGGCGGCAAGGAGCCCCUCCCCGAAGGUCUUUUCUGGUUGCUUCUGACCGGUGAGGUCCCUACCGAGCAACAGGUUCGCGACCUCUCCGCCGAGUGGGCCGCUCGAUCCGAUGUCCCUAAGUUCGUAGAGGAGCUUAUCGACCGCUGCCCUACCGACCUCCACCCGAUGGCCCAGUUCUCUCUUGCCGUUACUGCGCUUGAGCACACCUCGUCUUUCGCUAAGGCUUACGCCAAGGGUAUUAGCAAGAAAGACUACUGGGGAUACACCUUUGAGGACUCUAUGGACUUGAUUGCCAAGCUCCCCACUAUUGCUGCUCGCAUCUACCAGAACGUUUUCAAGGGCGGCAAGGUUGCGCCGGUUCAGAAGGACAAGGACUACAGUUUCAACUAUGCCAACCAGCUUGGCUUUGGCGAGAACAAGGACUUCAUCGAACUGCUCCGACUAUACCUAACUAUCCACACUGACCACGAAGGUGGUAACGUCAGUGCCCACACUACUCACCUUGUCGGCAGUGCUUUGAGCUCUCCUUUCCUAUCCCUCGCUGCUGGUCUGAACGGUCUUGCUGGUCCUCUCCACGGUCUCGCCAACCAGGAGGUCUUGAACUGGCUCACUGAGAUGAAGAAGGUUAUUGGUGACGACUUAAGCGACGCUAAGAUCACGGAGUACCUAUGGUCCACUCUUAACUCCGGCCGAGUUGUUCCCGGUUACGGCCACGCCGUCCUCCGCAAGACGGACCCCCGAUACACCGCUCAGCGAACAUUUGCCCAAGAGAAGAUGCCCGACGACCCGAUGUUCCAGCUGGUCAGCCAAGUCUACAAGAUCGCCCCCAAGGUCCUGACCGAGCACGGCAAGACCAAGAACCCGUACCCCAACGUCGAUGCCCACUCCGGUGUCCUCCUGCAGCACUACGGCUUGACCGAGGCUAGCUACUACACCGUCCUGUUCGGUGUGUCGCGUGCCAUUGGCGUCCUGCCCCAGCUCAUUAUCGACCGUGCUGUCGGCGCGCCGAUUGAGAGGCCCAAGAGUUUCUCGACUGCCAAGUGGAUCGAGAUCUGCAACAAGCUGUAAGGAAUGAGAGACGCAUUUUUCCUUAUGUCUGAAAAGAGCAUGUUUCACACGGGAAUAGAACGGUCUAUCGAGAGCAGCGGUGUAUCAUGGGAGGAUUUGAAUUAGACAUGCUCCUAGCGAUACCAAAAAGCAGCUGCGCUUGUACAAUAAUAACGUCAUGAUUGAAUUUAUUUG